GGGGAGGAGCCCCCUCAGCCGCGGCUCCUCGAGGAGUGCGGCUGUCAGGGCGCUGCCCGCCCCUGCUGUGCGCUGGGUUCUUUGUUUGUGAGGUGAAACGCUGUGGUUGUGCCCUGAAUCACACACACGGAGGGGUUGCUGGUGGCGGCAGCCGUGGUGAUUGCGCCUGCACUAAUUUGUAGGGAAAUGUUUGGUUUUACAGCCUGUAGAAGGACGCUGGGUGUGCUGGGCAGGGAAGUCCUGCUCCAGAUGUGAGACCAGCAAUGAGCCAGGUGUGACCGUAACACCCGAGGUCUGUGACAGCCUCUGAAAUCUCCAUUUAGACCGUUUGUCUUUUCAGAAAUUGGAUUCAGGACCCCGAGGCCAGAGCUGCCAUCCCUGUGAGCCCCGCUCCAUCCCUCCCCAUCCGUGAACUACGGAGCCAUCCCUCAUGGUGAUGGCUGCACGGCGCGUGAGGACUGAGCACACAACCAGGCUGCCUCCUGAGGAAGAGGACAAAAAAAUCCUUUAAACCAUAUCAGCGGGGAGCCGCCUGGCAGGGACACAACCGCGGCUACCUCCCUGUGUGUCCCCCCCUCAGCCCCGCGUCCCGCUGUGGCGGAGCAGCGCCCGUAGAGGCGGCGCCAUGGCGGCGGGGCGCGGGGCAGUGUGGGAAGGAGAGGGAAAUAUGGCGGAUGGUGAGGAACCGUAAGUGCCCUGGAGAAGAAAAGAAGGAGGCUAGAGGAGCUGCUGGCCGAUGGAAUGGCUGUUGAUAGUGGGUGUGGGGACUCUGGAGACUGGGAAGGUCGCUGGAACCAUGUAAAGAAGUUCCUCGAGCGAUCUGGACCAUUCACACAUCCUGAUUUCGAGCCAAGCACUCAAGGUCUUGAAUUUUUGUUAAGCACAUGUAAAGUACUAGUUAUUGGAGCAGGAGGAUUAGGAUGCGAACUCCUGAAAAACCUGGCACUGUCUGGUUUCAGACAGAUCCAUGUUAUUGACAUGGACACUAUAGAUGUUUCUAAUCUUAAUCGACAGUUUCUGUUUCGACCAAAGGAUGUUGGGCGACCAAAAGCAGAAGUUGCAGCAGAAUUCCUGAACAGUCGCAUCCCCAACUGUGCUGUUGUACCAUAUUUUAAAAAGAUUCAAGACAUGGAUGAAAGCUUUUAUCGACAGUUUCAUAUUAUUGUUUGUGGGCUGGACUCUAUAAUUGCAAGAAGAUGGAUAAAUGGCAUGCUGAUGUCAUUUUUACAUUAUGAAAAUGGUGUACUGGAUCCAAGUUCCAUCAUACCUUUAAUAGACGGAGGGACAGAAGGUUUCAAAGGAAAUGCUCGUGUGAUUAUUCCUGGUAUGACAGCGUGUGUUGAAUGCACACUUGAACUUUAUCCACCACAGGUCAAUUUCCCCAUGUGUACUAUUGCAUCUAUGCCCAGACUACCAGAGCAUUGUAUUGAGUAUGUCAGGAUAUUGCAGUGGCCAAAGGAGCAACCUUUUGGAGAAGGUGUUGCUUUGGAUGGAGAUGACCCUGAACAUAUACAGUGGAUUUACCAGAAGUCUUUAGAAAGAGCAUCACAAUUUAAUAUUAAAGGUGUUACCUACAGACUCACCCAAGGGGUUGUUAAACGAAUUAUUCCAGCAGUAGCUUCUACAAAUGCAGUAAUUGCAGCUGUUUGUGCCACUGAAGUUUUUAAAAUAGCCACAAGUGCGUACAUUCCUCUUAACAAUUACUUGGUGUUCAAUGAUGUGGAUGGAUUAUACACUUACACAUUUGAAGCUGAAAGAAAGGAGAACUGUCCGGCCUGCAGCCAACUUCCCCAAAACAUUGAGAUUUCUCCAUCAGCGAAAUUACAGGAGAUCUUGGAUUACUUGACAAAUAAUGCUUCAUUGCAAAUGAAAUCUCCUGCAAUCACAGCAACCAUCUAUGGGAGGAAUAAAACACUUUAUUUACAGACGGUAGCUUCAAUUGAAGAACGAACAAGGCCAAAUCUUUCCAAAACACUAAAAGAAUUGGGGCUUGUGGAUGGCCAGGAACUUGCAGUUGCUGAUGUGACUACACCACAGACUAUAUUGUUCAAACUCCACUUUAUCACUUAAUUUACAAAUAAGUACAAUGCUUAUACAGCAAGAAAAAUCUGUACCCACUUUGUAAAACAAAUGUACUCUGUGGAUGUUAAAUUAACCAGAAAUGUUCAAGUUAGUACUAGCAUCAUGGAAGGUUAGGUAAUGCGAAUGAAUCACCGUAUUUUGGAAUUGUAUGUAGAAGCCAAUAUUUGGUGGAUUAUAUUGUACAAAUACGUACUGGUGUACAGAACACUGAUGUAUAGGAAUACACUUUUUUUCAGUUUUUGUUGUCAAAAUGUUAAUAAUACUAUCAGACACAUGGAAGUUUUAGGGUGGCCAAAAGUCUUGUCAUUUUAAAUUUGGAUGUGUAUGCGUAUACAGACAUGCAAUGAGACCUUCUGAAAGGAACCAUAGCAAUCUGGAUUUAAAUCAUAGCACUCCUGUAUGCUUGCCGAGUCACCUUAAAAGCAAGAAAGAGCAAUAGAUUAACAUGGGCAGUUUCCUCUUAUUUGAUAUUGAUCUGAUCAAUUGUAUGUAAGUUAUUAAGUAUGGAAGAGCUCACUUUGUUUGCAAGGAAACUCAGAAGGAUGAAACGAACAACUGUACAGGAAAAUACGAUAUGAGCAUUUGCAGUCACAAAACAGCUGCUGCAUACAGUGUUGCAGACUUAUGUUCAAGUAUCAUUGGUGCUGUUAAGGUAUUUAUUAAUAAAAUAAUAAUAA